AGGCCACGAGGACUGUUUGAAGAAAGAGGAGUCACGUGAUUUAUUCUGCGAAAAAUCCGCUGGUGUUGGUGUAGCUUUGACUGACAGUGAUACAGUUGGGAAGUGACGUAGCCUAAAAAUCAUCGUUUCCUGCGUUGCAUUUUCAUCUUUAAUUACAACUCCUAGUAAUUGAAGAUGGCAAAAGGACUUUAUUCAUGCUCCGAUUAAAUUUACUCUUCAUGUUGCUUUGAAGUGAUAUCUGUGCUGCACGCGCCGGCAGACGAUAUUUUUAAGAGAAUGCAAGAGGCGCACGAUGAUGACGUCAGCGCAGAAACUGGUACUUGUCUCAACGAAGAGAUCAAGAAAGAAGGACAGAGAGUCAUAGAUGUGAUCGGUGGUCAUGGACCAUGGCAAUUACGUCACUGGACAAUAUUCUUCCUUGCGUCAUUCUGCACCUCCCUGCAUCUCUUUUCCACCUUACCACUCAUAUCUCAUUCUGUAUGCUCUUGCUCAAAGAUUAACGAGGAGAACAAUGUGUCAACAUCAUCAAUAGGUUGUAAUAUUUUAACAAGAUGCGACAACAGAACAAAUGCCGCAUUUGACGAAUUGAGUAAUCCCUGUUUCUCACCUCUGCCCACCAGUGCAUUAGAGAUAGCAGAUGAGGAAAAUUUGCAUUGCACAAACGUAGCAACUGUUUUUUAUGCCAAAUGCUUAUUUGUUAUAGGAGCUUUGAUAGCAACUGUUGCCACUUAUCCUUUAUUAAACAGGUACGGACGACGGUCCGUGUCCUUGACUAGUUGUUUUCUCCUGUGUGCAUGUUCUUUAGCAGGAAUCUGGGCCUUUGCUGUGGGUCCUUAUCUUAUUUUAAAAUUUGUUAUAAGCAUUGGAGUUAUCAACGUUUAUCUCACUGCUGCCUUUACCUGUACGUAUAUUUUUCACGCCUUAAUGCAUUAUUAUUUUUUCAAUUUCUGUUCUAAAGUCAGGCAUCAAACCUUAUUCCGUUCCACAGUCAAUCAUAAACUAUUCCAUUCUCUAGUCAAUCAGGCAUCGAACAUAAAUCCGUUCUAUAAUCAGACCUUAAACAUUAUUCUGUUUUAUAGUCAGACAUCAUACAUCUCCUUCUUAAUCAGACAUUAGAUAUUAUUCUAUUCUAUAGUCAGACAUCAAACAUAGUUCCGUUCUAUAACAUCAGUCAUAAAAUUGCUAUAUCGGCAGAUAUUAAACGUUUUUCUGUUCUAAAGUCAGUCAUUAACUAUAUCAUUCUAUAGUCAAUCAGGCAUCGAACGUAAACAUAUUCUAUAAUCAGACCUUAAACCUUAUUAUGUUUUAUUGUCAGAUAUCAUAUAUCUCCUUCUUAAUCAGACAUUAAAUGUUAUUCUAUUCUAUAAUCA